AUGUAUCUAUUUUUUAUCAAUUUUCAACACAAUAUUUACACAAAAAUUAAAUUUUUUAAUUUCGCUUGAAUCGCUCACUUUUCUAGCUGUGCUCCAAAAGGUUAAGCUGCGAGUGAACGCCGUUCACUUCAUUACAGUUUUCAAACAUUUACAGCACUGAAAGUAUUGUGUAACGAAAAUCUUUUAACAGUGACGUUAAAAAACCAUAAAAUCAUUCUCAUAAUAUGCGUCGGUCUGGUUUGCCAAAUUCUGAUGACUCCGGAUCGGACUUGUCUAUUGCGUUUGGACUUGAUGGAGUUCCACGCUGCUCCACGACUCGCAAGCAACAGAAGCACUUAGAUAAAUCAAAGAAUGCAGACGGAAUUAAUGACAACGAAGAGGAAGACGUUGUUGCUGUUUGUCCAGCAAAUCCUUCAAUUAGGAAAGGACUUUUACCGACGUUGCCGUGUCCACAAGAACCAGUGUUUCCACUAGAUCCAGAGUGUCCACCAGAACCAGCGUGUGCAGUAGAACCGGAGCGUCCACUCGAACCAACAAGUUCAAAGCGCCGCAAGCAAUCGAAUCCUUUCAGACGAGCGCAGAAGUUCAAACGCGAAGUUCGUCUGCUGCAGCGUACGCCUAAUUUUAUGAUUCCACGCAUAUCCUUUGGCCGGGUGGUUCGCGAGAUUAUGCUCGAGAGGUGUGACUGUGAGCCGCAUUUUCGCAUCACAAUGGGCGCCUUGGAGGCGCUGCAAACGGCAACAGAGAUGUUCUUGACGCAACGCUUCCAGGACUCCUAUAUGAUGACCAUGCACCGCCAGCGGGUCACCCUGGAGCUGCGUGACAUGGCCCUUAUGGCAUUCAUAUAUUUGAUUUUGAAUGCGCUCGUGUCAAUAUAAAAGGAAGAAAUGGAGCUGAGUCGUUUUGCCUAGGUCCGUC